GGCCCUUUCCCGCUCAGGUGAGCUCCUCCCGCGCCUCCCAUUGGCCCAGGCACCCGUGGCGCUGGGAGGGCGACGCAGACCGGUCUAGUUCAGGGUCUAGGGCGGCGCGUCACUUCCGGUAGCGCGGAGCUUGUAAAACACCCUGGAGAGAAAAUGGCGGCGGCAGCGGCUUCGGCGCCUCAGCAGCUCUCGGAUGAGGAGCUUUUCUCUCAGCUCCGCCGUUACGGCCUGUCUCCUGGCCCAGUGACGGAGAGCACCCGCCCCGUCUACCUCAAGAAGCUGAAGAAGCUUCGAGAGGAAGAGCAGCAGCAACAGCACCGGCCCGGGGGCCGCGGCAACAAGACGCGAAACAGUAAUAACAAUAACACGGCAGCCACCACGGUCGUCGCCGCGGGACCGGCGGCGGCGGCCGUGGGGAUGGGGGUCCGGCCGGUCUCGGGCGACCUCUCCUACUUACGGACUCCUGGGGGCCUGGGCCGAACGUCGGCCUCGGGCCCGGAGAGCCCCCUGGGAGGUCCGGGGGGCGCCUCUGCCGCCCCCUCGGCUGGCAGCAAAGUGCUGCUGGGCUUCAGCUCGGACGAGUCGGACGUGGAGGCCAGUCCGCGGGACCAGGCCGGCGGCGGCGGCGGCGGCGGCGCCGGCGGGAGGAAAGACCGGGCUUCGCUCCAGUUCCGCGGGCUCAAACCGCUGUCGGCGCCCCUGGUCGCCAGCGAGGUGACUAACAGCAACUCGGCCGAGCGGAGGAAGCCGCACUCGUGGUGGGGGGCCCGGAGGCCGGCGGCUCCCGAGCUGCAGACCCCGUCGGUGAGAGAUGGAGCGGCGGAGGACGAAGAGGAGGAGGGCGAAGACGAGGAGGACAAGGACCCGGACGCGGAGGAGCCGCUGUGGUCGAGCCGGACCGUGAACGGCAGCCGGCUGCUCCCUUACAGCUGCCGCGAAAACUAUUCCGACUCCGAGGAGGACGACGACGACGACGUGGCCUCCCCCCGACAGGUAUUGAAGGACGACUCCCUUUCCCGGCACCGGCCCAGACGGAGCCACAGUAAGCUUCUCUCCCCGCUGCCUGCUAAAUCUGCCGGCUGCCGCCUGGAGCCCUCGGCUCAGGGAGGGGGAGGACUCGCGAUGAAUGACAGGGCGGCGGCUGCCGGGAGUCUAGACAGGAGCCGAAACCUCGAAGAGGCGGCGGCGGCGGCGGAGCAGGGAGGAGGGUGUGAGCCCCUGGACUCCAGCCCCAUUCCUAGAUACCGACUGAGCACUAAGAAACUGGCCCCUCUCCUGCCCCCGCCCCUGACUGACUUGGACUCGAGCCUGGAUUCGGCCCCGGGCUCCCUUCUUAAAACGAAUAAUCAUAUUGGCGGCGGAGCCUUCAGUGUGGACGCCCCCAGAAUUUUUUCCAACAGUCUCUCUCCCAGUGCGCCGGUGGCCGCCUCCAGUUCACUCAGGAUCAAUCACUCCAACCACACGGGCUCCAAUCACACCUACCUGAAAAACACAUACAACAAACCGACGCUUUCCGAGCCCGAGGAGGAACUUCUGCAGCAGUUUAAACGGGAGGAGGUGUCCCCGACAGGGGGUUUCAGUGCCCACUACUUAUCGAUGUUUCUUUUAACUGCUGCCUGCUUGUUUUUCCUAAUUUUGGGGCUGACUUACCUGGGAAUGAGAGGGACUGGCGUAGCCGAGGACGGAGGACUCAGUAUCAAAAACCCUUUUGAUGAAACAUUUGGAAAAAUACAAGAAAGUAAGAAAAAUCUCAUGAUGAACACUUUGUACAAGCUUCAUGAUCGAUUGGCACAGCUUGCAGGAGAUCAUGAAUGUGGCAGUUCUAGUCAGAGAACCCUCUCUGUCCAAGAGGCAGCUGCAUAUUUAAAAGAUUUAGGCCCCGAAUAUAAAGAUAUAUUUAACACUUCAUUGGAGUGGAUUUUGGAAAAUGGAAAAGAUGUUGGAAUAAGGUGUGUCGGAAAUGGCCCAGAGGAAGAAUUGACAAAUAUAACUCACGUACAGUUUUUACAGUCUACAAGACCACAGAUGUCUUUCUGGUGUCGUUUUCGUCGUGCUUUUAUUACCGUAACCCACAGAUUAUUAUUGUUAUGUUUAGGUGUGGUGAUGGUUUGUGUCGUUCUGCGUUACAUGAAAUAUCGUUGGACAAAAGAGGAAGAAGAAACGAGGCAGAUGUAUGAUAUGGUGGUAAAGAUUAUAGAUGUUUUACGAAGUCACAAUGAAGCUUGCCAGGAAAAUAAAGAUUUACAGCCUUACAUGCCUAUUCCACAUGUGCGAGAUUCCUUAAUACAGCCUCAUGACAGGAAAAAAAUGAAGAAAGUCUGGGAUAGAGCUGUUGACUUCCUUGCUGCUAAUGAAUCUAGAGUUCGCACUGAAACCCGGAGAAUAGGUGGUGCAGAUUUUCUAGUUUGGCGGUGGAUCCAACCUUCUGCAUCAUGUGACAAAAUAUUAGUAAUACCUUCUAAAGUAUGGCAAGGUCAAGCAUUUCAUUUAGAUAGAAGAAAUUCACCACCAAAUAGUUUGACACCGUGUCUAAAGAUUCGAAAUAUGUUUGAUCCAGUUAUGGAAAUAGGGGACCAGUGGCAUUUGGCAAUUCAAGAAGCAAUUCUAGAAAAAUGCAGUGAUAAUGAUGGCAUUGUUCACAUUGCAGUCGACAAAAAUUCACGUGAGGGUUGUGUAUAUGUUAAAUGUUUGUCUCCAGAAUAUGCUGGAAAAGCUUUUAAGGCAUUGCAUGGCUCUUGGUUUGAUGGGAAGUUGGUUACAGUAAAAUAUUUACGACUAGAUAGAUAUCACCAUCGCUUUCCCCAAGCUCUUACUUGCAACACUCCCUUGAAGCCAUCAAAUAAACAUAUGAACUCUAUGUCUCAUCUCCGUCUUCGGACUGGCCUCGCCAAUUCUCAAGGAGGUUCCUGAAAAGACUUUCUUCCACUCCUAGAACUGUUAUUUACCAUAGGGAAAAUUCCUGUUUGGCUUCCUGUCUUCCUUUUUAAAUGCUUUUUUGUAUGUAAUAUUUUUAUUGAAUACAGCUCUGUUUAAACGUUCCAGAAAUCUUAAGGUUCCAAAGGGACUUAGCAGUGAGGCAGCAAUGCUGAGUAGAUAGAAUAAUUGUUUUGUUCAGUUUUUGGAGCUCAGUAAAGGCAAUGCAUUUAAAGUUUUGCAUGAGGAACAUUGACUUUAUUAAGCAUUUUCAAAUGUGGUGAUUGUAUUUUUGCACCAAGAAGUGUUUGGAUAACCACACAAAAGCAUGGGGAAGAGGCUUCUUGUAUUUCCAUGAUUUCCUGUGAACUAAUGUUGUGAAUUUUUGUAUGCAGUCACCUCCAUAAUUCCUUACAGGCUAAUGUGGUUAAACUGUUUAUUUCCCAAUUUAACCUUAGAUUUCUAUUGCUUGUGAGAGAUUAAUUUGCUACAGCUGGAAUAUGGGAAAAUUAAUUUGGGUUUAGUGGUUACAUAUAAGUAUACGUGGAUGUACAUGUACUUAAAUUGGCUUUUGUAUAUAUGUAUAAAUGCUGGUGGUGGCAAAAGUAGUCUUGUUUUUUGAGGAUAUCUGCAAAAAAGCAGUAAAAUAAGCUUCCUAUUUUAUUCAUAAUCUAAUGUGUAUAUAUAUGUAUGUGUAUAUAUAUGUAUGU